CAAAUGAAUCUGUGUUGCUUUUUUUCAGUUAUGAAGUUUUGGUUCUAUCCUGCUUCUCUUACAGAGCCUAUCUGUGCAAUCACUCUGUAAAAGAUACACUACGACUCCGCCUACAUGUCCACCACCACGACUCUACUUACCCUCCCAUUCCUCGCGCUUAUCUCAAUUCCCCUCAUCAUAACUGCAUCCAUCACCAUCUUUUUUUCCGCCGUAGCGCUGUCUUUACAGUUAACUUUCAUUUCAAUUGAAUUAUGCUACGCUUUCUUGACGAACCUUUUUACCAUUCCUCCUUCAACCAACUGGUCUCUCUUGAGCUUCAGCGUUUCAGGACCGAACACCCCCGAUAGACGGCGUUCAUCCGACUAUGGCCUCUGGCAUACUCCGCUCGCUUUCCGAAGAGAGAGUCGUCCAGGUCCCGGACUCCGCAUGGGAAGCUCCAACCCACUACUAGAUACCCAAAAUAACCAAGACAGCCCUCUCUAUACUCUCGAAAACAGAUACACCAACCGACCAAGCGCCCAGCGAAACCAUUCCUACGCAAAUCCACCAGGACUGCAAGGCCUCAUAAAUGGCAACGAUUACCGAGACUUUGAAGGCCUCGGUGGAUGGCGAUGUCCACCGUCUUACACGAAAUCCCCAGGGUACCGCUCCGGCCGCACCACUCCAUCGUCGCCCAACAGCGUCAGCGAUGAAGUCGACGACAUCGCAUGGGUCUCCAUGAACAGUCGCCUGGAACUACCGUCGCGGCCUCUCAUGCUUCGCCACUGUAAUAGUAGCAGCCAUAACCUACUUCACGGUGACGCCUCAGCCGAGCCCUACCUUCCCGGAGCAAGGAGGAACAGCCGCGUAGGCAUACCCGCGGGCACAGACGCGAAGAGAAGCUGCAAGGGACAGCGCCACCAUCGUCGGUCAGCGACUACAUCUGCCGUCUCUGUUGGGAUGCUAUCGCCGACAUCGCAAGUUCACCUCCGUGAGAAUCCUCGUCAUGGAUGGAAUGCAUUACAGUCCAAGGGUGAUGUCCUUCGUUCAAAGUCUCAUACAUCGCUAUCUGAACAAUGGGGUCAGAAUGCAAACUCGAUGGCGAGCCCAGUGAAUAGCGGAACAGAUGACUACUUUGCCCUGCAGCCGAUGAGCUCUGGUAGUAAUGGUGCGAAAACGACAAGUAACACGACCCCAGCUGAAGAGCGGAAGCCGGCUAGGGUUACCGUCCAAGGGGGCGAGAUUGGGAUUGGGAAGGCUCAUCAGAUUUCUGGCCUGGGGAAACGCUAAUCUCGUCUUUUUUAAGUUUCACGAUGCUUUGACGUUGUGGCGUUUUGCGACUGCGGAGGUUUAACGACGAUAUAUAUAAUGAUUUGAAGACCUAACACACCUUUUGCUCAAUAACUUUUUUUUUUUUGCUUCCUCACUUAGUCUCCUUACUUGACGACUUGAUGACUGAAAUAUAUU